AGGUCGUUCCUCACACCCUUUUCAUCCAUCCUUUCUCCUCCUCUUCCCUCUUUUAUUAAAAACCUCCCCUAUUUUGUCCUGAUAUUCGGUCACGUCCUGAUAUUUAAUUUCUUAAUUUGUUUUCUUAAGCCGGUUUUGGCAACAUGCAAAUUUUUUGUAUAAAUGAGUCAUAUCCUGUAUAUUCACACUUUCAUACUUUCUUUAUGCAACUGCUGCACAACAAAUUCCCCCUGAAUGAAUAAAGUCUUAUAUAAUCAUGUUUAAUGUCUUAAUUCAUAAAUAAAUAUAGAAGAUAGCUGACUCAAAGAGUUGAAUAAAUCCACAAUAACCAUUUUUUUAAGACAACUUCUGGACAGAAAUAUAACUCAGUUUCUUCACCUCACAGAGGCUUUACCUGGAUAUGACAGCUGUCUGUCACUUCCACCUGAGGGCUGUUUGAGUGGACUGGAGGACUAUUUACAAUGACUUAAAACCUCCCAAUUAAAUGGAAUGUUUAAAUAAAAAGUCACUGCUUUUCUCUUUCGUGUAAACUCUUUAAAAAAAGAUCUACGAGAUCUGAGAUAGUUUCUGAUUUUUAUUGACAAAUCAUUAAACAUUAAAAAAUAAAUAGGACAUCCGACAUUUGGAUAAAAUGUCGAGAUUUUAUUAAAUUAUAGACGUUUUUGGCCAAGAGAAAAAUCGAAAAGAACAAAUGGUCAUUUAAAUGUAUAAUCUGAGAGGUGCGGUUGCUGAGUAACUGAAGCCUCUUUGAACACUUGUCUCUCUCAGCCAAUAGGAACCGACACUGCGAUGCUGGCCGACAUCCACAGCUGACUCUCUGUUUGUCGUAUAGAUCUUUGUUUAUUCUCAUAGAGGCUCUCAGUGCUCUUAUUUGGUUGAUGGAUUUGAGACUAAGCGGACAGGAAGCUGCUUUUUAAGGGAAACUUGCUUAAUUGCCUCAAAGACGCACAAUUCACAGAAAUACACAUUGAAAAGAUAACCAGUGUUUCCGUCCGCGACGCAGCAUGUUGGAGGAGACCUUCGAUACCGAGCAGUCUGCAAAGCCGGAAGACGUGAUGGAGAGGAAACUUGAGCUAAUGGAGUUUGGCGGGAAGCCGGACUACUCGCCGGUGUCGUGGCGGGAGUAUUUUGACCAGAUGGAGGACGUGAGAGUGGGGACGGCCGACGACGGGGACGUCUACAGGAUCUACAAGGCCGGACACGACGGGCCGCUGCUGGUUCUGCUUCACGGCGGAGGCCACUCGGCUCUGUCCUGGGCUGUCUUCACCACGGCGAUCGCCAGCAGAGUGACCUGCCGGGUCCUCGCCAUGGAUCUCCGGGGUCACGGUGGAACCUUGGUCCGCCAAUCAGACGACUACUCUACUCACGCCAUGUCCAGUGAUGUAGCCAAUGUGAUCGGAGCCUGCUACGGUCAGACCCCUCCCCCCAUUGUCUUGAUUGGCCACGGUGUAGGCGGGGCCAUCGCGGUGCAUGCAGCCAGCAACAUGCUGCUGCCGAGCACCGUGGGCCUGGUGGCGAUAGACGUGGUGGAAGGCAGCGCGACGGAGGCCCUCCACAACAUGCAGACCUUUCUGAAAGCAAGACCCAAGUCCUUCAAGUCCAUGGACCACGCUAUAGAGUGGAGCGUCGGUAGCGGGCAAAUUACCAACCUGGAAUCAGCCCGAGUCUCCAUGGUUGGUCAGAUCAAGAGAUGUGGGGUGGAGGAAGCUGAGGCGAUGGAGAAGGCCAGCCUGGCGGAGAAGGCCGGCCCGACGGAGAAGCCCGGCCCGGUGACCGACGAGGUCGUCGAGCACAACGCAGAGUCCCGCGAUCACAGCGGCGAGAAAGAAAACGCCACCUCGGAGGGUCAGGUGGUCUACGUGUGGCGCAUAGACCUCUCCAAGUCAGAGAAGUAUUGGGACGGCUGGUUUAGAGGAACCUCCAACCUCUUCCUGGCUUGCAACCUGCCCAAACUCCUGCUAUUGGCCGGAAUCGACCGGCUGGAUAGAAAUCUGACCAUUGGGCAGAUGCAAGGUAGAUUCAUGAUGCAGGUGCUGCCCCCUUGUGGACACGCAGUGCAGGAAAACAGGCCAGAAAAAGUGGCCGACGCUGUGGCCUCUUUCCUGUUGAGACACAAGUUCGCUGAAGCCAGAAGAGAAACCGGGAGCUCCAACUCUUUCACACAAUGAAGUCUGGAGACCAUUACAAAUGAAAAGGAGCUCGGAGAAAAUGGAAACUGAGUCAAUACAAAAACUCGAAGAAUAUUUAAUUUCACUUCCGGUUUCUACACCUAACAAACCCCCAAAGUGCAGCUACAGAAGACUAGUAGCCCCAAACCUGCCCCCCUAAAGAGGGUCUGCAUUAAAUACUAUGAGAAAACAUCAUUAGUUAAAAUAAGUUACAAUUCUUAAAUACUUAAUAUAUUAUAUUCUGGUUCCACAACCAUAAGAUAUAACCACAAGAUGCAAUCGUAAAUCACAAGUCAAAAUUGUAACUAACAUUUUUCUACCAAAUAAGUCAAAAUCAAACGUUUUUUUAGCUAACUUUGAUUAGCUUCAAUUUGUAACAUUUGUGGUGGCAUUAACUUAAAAAAAGACCACCAAUAAGACUCCUUUAGACGUGAUACUUUCAUUUAAUGCUAAUGUCACUGUAGCAGGCGGGUGACCAGUUCGUUACAUGCUAACGUUACCGCUAGCACAGCAGAGUGUAGCGAGCGGGCUACCGUUCUGUUACAUGCUAACGUCAAAUUAGCACAGCGGACUGUAGCGAGCGGGCUACCGUUGUAUGCUAAUGUUAGCGUUGGUCAAAGACUAGUGCGUGGGUUACCGUUCUGUUAACAUACUAAUGUAAUAUAGAGAUGUUCCGUUGGUUCACAGCUUCCUGCUAGAGGUUUGUUACUAAUGGAGAUAAUCAGUACUUGAUGUAGACGUUCGGUGGCGCUUUAGUGACGCGUUUGUGUACCUUUUGUGUCCUCAAUCUUUCAAUCAUUGUAUGUUCUUCACUAAGCUUCACACUAAAGUGUGGUGUUUUAUCCGGGUUACACAAUAAAAAAAAGAACAAACCAACGUGAA